AUGGAGGAGGCCGGAGGGCCCCCGGCUCGGGCUGAGGCCCGCGUGGUGAGCGCCACGCUGAUGUGGAGACAGCGCAGCCCUGCCCAGGACGAGGUCAGACAUCACUUCCACAAGGUGUCCCUGGUGUCCGGCACCCGGGCGGACACCUCCCGAGAGGAGCUGCUCAGCCACCGGAGAGAAGAGGUCAAUGGUUUUGCCGUCUGGGAAGAGGAGACAGCAGCUUACCAGGCUUCCCGGGAUGGGGCAGCCUCCAAGAACUUCCAAAGCCACGGACCCAUCUUUUCCAAGAAGUUCGCCCCACUGCCCAAGGAGAAAAGGCCGCCGGGGAGGCCGGGGGAGGCCGUGGACCGGGUUGAUGGCAGGGUCCAAGAAGCCCGAACCGAGUCCUCCAGCGCAGCGUCGCUGGCCAGGACAGAGCUUCUGGUUCCACUGCCAGGCCCCCGGGAGCCGAGCCCCCACCCAGGCGGGAGUCUGCUCAGCGGAAGCCGCCGGGAGGAGCGUCGAGUCACGCGCACCGUGCGGACCACUGUGGUGAUGGGGGGGCAGGUGGAGCGUCGUGUGAGCAGCUCAGUGACCUCGGUGUCCCCUGCGGCAGAGGCCCUGCCGCGGGGCCGCAAUACUGUCCGCGCUGUCCGGGCAGUGGUGGUGAACCCCUCUUCGGAGGGGGUCCCUAGCCGCAGCCAGGCCCUGCAGCUGCUCAGCAGCCUGGUUCCUGCUGAACGGGGCUCCCCUGUCGGCCGCCAUGCCGGGCUCCCCGCUGCCAGGCCGGGCCAGCUGCCUGAACGGGGGACAGCGGAGUCAAAGGACAACUCUUCCCGGCCAUCUGCGGGGACCCCAGAGGGUUCGCGCCCAACUCAGGACCGGGAGAUCCCUAUUGCCCGCCCACACCGAGAUCCCAGCAAAUCCUCAGAUCCUGCAGCAUCUGAGGCCUCCAGAGUGCCGGGGGCGGCCCAGCCUCAUCUGGCAGCACCCUUCUCGCCCAGAUUCCCACACCGUCCCCUCUCCCUGGGCCUGGCCCAGCCCCCAGAGCAGCUGGCGGUUUUCCCUCACUCCAGGCCUCAGUUCACUCUGGAGCCAAGGGCCCCCCAAGCUCUGUCCUCUGGGGGCAGGGAAGGACUCACGGAUUCCUCCGCUGCCACAGAGGUGCCCACUAUGAAGGACAAGCCCUCUGCUCUUCCCGGGAGGCCCUUGGCUCCAUCCCCUACAGGAAGUCAGGCUCUCCCUAGCCCAGGAGGCCUCUCUGCUCCUUCCUCCCCGCGGGAUAAGGCGAUCAAGGACUUGGAAAAUAUCCCCAUCUUCUCCGUUACUGAGGAAGAGGAGGUGCAGAGUUCGGCUGCUCCCCCAGCCGCUGCCUCCUUGGAGGACAAGGCGUCUCCCAGCCAAGAAGAUGCUUCUGCCCCAGAAGGGGACAAGGCGUCUCCCAGCCGAGAAGGUGCUUCUGCCCCAGAAGGGGACAAGGCGGAGAAGGUACACCCUGACUCCGAGGACAGGGAGAAGGUACACCCUGACUCCGAGGACAGGGAGAAGGUACACCCGGCUGCUGAGCUGGAGGUGCCUCUGGAGAUUCUUCCUGGUUUUCCUGAUGCUUCAGCCUCGCAAUCCACCCCUCUGGUCCAGUGCACAGACGGCAGACCUAGCAUCCCAAAAGAGGAUGUCCUAGCUGUCCAAGUCAGCCUGACCCCUUCUCUCACCAAGGAAGAGACGGUUCAAGAUCUGCCUGCUCAGGCCAUUCCAGCCCCUACACAGGAGAAGGUGGUCCAGGACUCAGCCCCCAGCCCCCAGGCCCCUGCUGCUCCAUUUUCUAUCCCCAGAGUAGUGGUCCAGGGGCCUGAUGAUGAUCUCCCUGUCUCGCCUUCCUUGGUGGAUGAGCUUCUCCCCAGUCCAGGAGGCUCCUCCGCCCCUGUGCCAGUGGAUGUACAGCCCAGCUUGGGGGACUGGCCGGUCUCCGACUGCCCUGAGAGCAAGAUGCUUCAGGAGCCCUCAAGGGAGGAAGAGGAGUUGGUCCUGGCGGCGGACAUGGAGUCUUUCCUGGACACUCUGCGGCGCAUGGAGCCCCCCGAGAUCCUCCGCACUCAUCGGCUACCACGUGCCCCUCGCUCCUCCUACCUGACCAGAUAUGCCACGCUGCCUGCCAUUGAGGAAGAUCAGCUUGGGCCGUGGGUGCUGGGGCCUGGCCCGCAGGAAGCCCCAGAACUGGAAGAGAAGGAGCAGGAGGAGGAGGUGGAGGAGGAGGAGCCUGAGAACCCCUACCUGAGUGACGAUGAGAAGCUGCAGCGCCGGCAAGAGAAAACUGAGCACCAGCAGGAGAAAACCGAGUCCCGGCCGCUCUGGGAGUCCCGCCCUGCGCGGCGCUCUGAGACCUCUUGCUCGCCCCUGGAGAUGUUGAAGAAGCACGUGGCCAGUGCCAAGGGUGCCCAGGCAGAGCCGGGGAUGGAGUGGCAGGCAGGCAGCAGGCCCACUUCCCGUCUUGGAGGCAGCAUCCUUUUUGGUAACUUGGUGCCCACCACCAGAGACACCCCUGCCUUGGAACCGCUGGGCACAAAACUCUCUGCUCUGCCGCCCCACAAAGCCCCAGGGCUCAGGAAGGUGCCAGGACAGCUGCCCCUUCUCUACAAUGAAGAGCCCCCGGCUGAGAAGCCUGACAGUGCCCGGCCCCCGGAGGGGUGGCACCCAGCACUGAAGACCCAGAGCAAACUGAACACCAGGCCUGGCAAGGUCAUCCUCUUCUCAGAGGCUGGCUGCCGAGGCAGCAGCAAAGAGGUCUGGGAUGAUGUGGCUGACGCCUCUUCCUGGGCCCACGUGGCCUCGGUCAGGGUGGUGCGAGGCUGCUGGGUGCUUUAUGAAGAGCCAGAGUUCCAGGGCCAGAAGCUGGUCCUGCCGGAAGGAGAGGUAGAACUCCGGGCCCUGGGCUCAGCGUGGAGGACCCAAGGCAUUGGCUCCCUGAGGAGGGCUGUCCGGGACUAUCUGACUCCACGGAUCAGCCUAUACUCUGAGGAGGGCCUCAUGGGGGAGCAGGUGAUACUCACUGAGACCUUGGAGACCCUCCGGCACCUGGAGAGGCCCCUGAAGGUGGCCUCUGCCUCUGUCGCUGCAGGACUAUGGCUACUGUACCCCAAACCCUGCUUUGAAGGCACACCCUGCAUUCUGGAGCCUGGAGAGUACCCCACCUCGAAGGCAUGGGGUGCCUCUGACCACAGCGUGGGCUCCCUGAAGCCCAUGACAUUGGGCUGCCCAAGCGUGGAAAAGCCAGGAGAACCCAAGGCUGUGGUGUAUGAGGCCCCGGACUUUCAGGGCCAGAGCUGGGAAGUGAGCAGAGACAUCUACAACCUGCGGCAACCAGAGGACAGUCAGAGCCCCCACUUGACUUCUGUGGGGUCCCUGCGAAUACUUGGGGGCUGCUGGGUGGGCUACGAGAAGGAGGGCUUCCGGGGCCAUCAGUACCUGCUGGAGGAGGGAGAAUAUGCUGAUUGGUCGCACUGGGGAGGCUAUGACGAGGUGCUGACAUCUCUACGGGUCAUCCGGACGGACUUUGGGGAUCCGGCCGUGGUGCUGUUUGAAGCCAUGGACUUCGAGGGGCACAGCGUGGAGGUGAGCGAGGCAUUGCCGGACGUGGAACUGGAGGGGCACUGUCCCCACACGCAGGCCAUCCAUGUGCUCAGUGGCGUCUGGGUGGCCUAUCAGGAAGUGGGGUUCUCCGGGGAGCAGUACGUGCUGGAGAAAGGCGUGUACCGCAACUGCGACGACUGGGGCUCGGGCAACAGCGCCCUCGCCUCGCUGCAGCCAGUCCUGCAGGUCGGGGAACACAAUCUACACUAUGUCUCGAAGAUUCAGCUUUUCUCCGGCCCCGAUUUCCUGGGCGACCACAUCUCCUUCGAGGAUGACCAGACCUCUCUGCCUCUCUCCUUCCAUCCCCAGUCUUGCCGCGUCCAAGGCGGCAGCUGGAUCCUGUUUGACCAAGACAACUUUGAGGGCGAGCAGCACAUCCUCUCCGAGGGCGAGUUCCCCACGCUCACGGCCAUGGGCUGCUCUGCCUCCACAGUCCUGGGCUCUCUCCGGAAGGUGCCCCUGCACUUUUCAGAGCCCUCCAUCUUCCUGUAUGGACUGGAGUGCUUCGAGGGCAAAGAGAUCGAGCUCAGCAGGGAGGUGCGAAGCCUGCAAGCAGAGGGCUUCAACAACCACGUGCUGUCAGUGCGGAUCAAGGGGGGCAGCUGGGUGCUGUGUGAGCACAGCGACUUCCGGGGCCGCCAGUGGCUGGUGAGCAGCUGCGAGAUCACCAACUGGCUGACCUACAGCGGGACGCAGAGGGUGGGCUCCCUCUACCCCAUCAAGCAGCGCAGGGCUUAUUUCCGCCUGUGGAAUGAGGCCCUGGGGGGAUUCCUGGCAAUGCCGGACCACGUGGAAGAUAUGAAAGCAGGCCGUGUGGUGGUCUCUGAGCCCCAAGCGGGAGGCAGCUGCAUCUGGUACUACGAAGAGGGGCUGCUGAAGAACCAGAUGGCCCCCACCAUGAGCCUGCAGGUGAUUGGACCUCCCAGCCUGGGCUCCAAGGUGGUUCUGUGGGCUGAGAGCCGUGUGCCCCGCCAGACAUGGAGCAUCAGUGAGCUGGGCCACAUUUGCAGUCAGAUGUUCGAGGGCCGGAUCCUCGAUGUGAAGGGUGGCCGGGGCUAUGACCGGGAUCACGUGGUGCUGUGGGAGCCGACCAAGGACAGGCCAUCCCAGAUCUGGACUGUCCAUGUGCUUUGA